AGUAGCCUUCUCUACGUUGCCUCCGCCACUGACGCGGUGGCCCCCCGUUUCUUUGCGAGGUGUGCCGCCCCUCAGCUUCCCACUUUCACUGCUACAUGCGCUUCUGCUGCAGUGUUGGUUUCUGGGGACACUACUGCCGUUUCUGCCGCAGACUGGCAGAAACGAGGCAAGAGUGGCAAGAAGGGCGGGAAGGAGGGAGGUGGAGGUGGUGGAGGCGGCGUUGGAGGUGGCGGUGGAGGUGGGAGCGGCAGUGGUGGAGGCGGUGGCGGCGGCGGUGGCGGAGGUGCACCAGGCAGAGGGGACCUUGGAGGAGGUGCAGGACAGACAUGCCCGCCCAUUGGCGGUGGCCCGACCGGUGGGGGUGUUGGACCCCAGCAGCGGCAGUCGCAGCAGCACCAGCCACAGCAGGGACAGCAGCAGCAGCAUAGACCGCAGCAGCAACAGGCACCACAGCAGUUCCAGCAGUGGGGGCCCACCACUGAAGUGGGGUCCGCAGCAGCACUGGGGUCCCCCGCCGUAGUGGGGUCCAGGAGGACCAGGGAGCACCGUCCGCAUCGGCAGCGCUUCUAG